AUUAUGCCGUACAAAAUGCCUUGAGGAAAAUAGGGCAAAAGCGGCAGCCGUCGCAGGCGCCGAGGGGAAGACGACGGGGACCCACGAGGCGAAUAUCCCCCGUCAGGCCCCACCCGACAGCGACCCAACACCCAAUCAUCCCAUCCGCCUCCCCUUCUUCUUCCCUCUCCCCUCGCCCUCCUCUUCCUCCCAUCCGAAACAUUCCUCCACUCCCACCCGAGGUGGAGGGAAGGGUGAGAGAGGGAGAGGGUGAGACAAGAGAACAGUCCUCCGAUAAGGAGGAAUUCGUGAGGGGGAGGGCGAGACAGAGUGAGUCCUCCGCGGAUGAAGUUCGGGAAGGAUUUCCGGAACCACCUGGAGGAGACGCUGCCGGCGUGGAGGGACAAGUACCUCGCCUACAAGGCCCUCAAGAAGCUCAUCAAGAACCUGCGGCCCCCCGAGCCCGCCGUCCCUCCUCUUCCUCCCCCGCCCGCCGCCGUGGGACCCGGGGAUGGGGCCGGCCAGGGGAACGUCGCGCUCGGGAACUGGUUUGCCAGCAUCCUCGACAUGGAGCUCCUCAAGCUCAACGAGUUCUACAUGGAGAGGGAGGAGUGGUACGUCAUCCGCCUCCAGGUGCUUAAGGAGAGGAUUGAGCGCGUCAAAGCUAAGAAGAAUGAUGCUUUUACAUCCAGGAGUGAAUUUACAGAAGAGAUGCUAGAGAUACGCAAGGACUUUGUGAUCAUACACGGCGAAAUGAUUCUUCUGCAAACCUACAGUUCCCUAAAUUUUGCUGGACUAGUGAAGAUAUUGAAGAAGUAUGACAAGAGAACAGGCGGUUUGCUCAGCCUGCCUUUCACUCAGCGUGCUCGUCAUCAGCCUUUUUUCACAACCGAACCUUUAACAAGGCUUGUUCGAGAAUGCGAGGCUAAUCUUGAACUCCUUUUCCCGGUCGAAGCAGAAGUUCUUGAGCCUAGUUCAUCUUCAAAUCUGCAACCGCAUGAUGUGGCUAAGCGUGACCCAACAUCGUCUGGUGACGUGGAAGCCUCAGAUGUGUACCGAAGCACACUCGCAGCAAUGAGAGCGAUACAAGGCCUUCGGAGAGCCAGCUCUACUUACAAUCCCCUGUCUCUGUCUAGGUUCUUCAAUGGUGAGGAUGGCGAAGCCUGUUCUGGCGCCAUCACUUCUGAGAGUUCGUUAUCAGAGUCCUCAACAGACUCCCAGAUUCAGGAUGAUGGAAAGGAUGAUAAAGAGGUGCAGUCAAAUUCAAGUGAGCAGAAUGUUGCUCAAAGGGAACAUAAUGCAAAUGGCGAGCCACGGAAUGAAUAAUGAGUCUUUUCACGCACUGUUCAAUAACCAUUGAUAUGUGUAAAUGCUAAUAAUCUGGAUGUUUAACCCUCUUUGAAGUGUUGACGUACACAAGUUUUUCUGAUGGUGCUGUUUCCUUUUCUUCAUUUUCUAUUCAAGGUUUUUCAUGUCAAUUGCCAUAAAAAUCUGAAGUGUAGUGCUAUUUAAGUUUUGAAGCUUUAGGCAGAAAGCAUGUAAGUCAUUAGCAGACAUUUUGGUUGACACUUAAUAGAGCUAUACUACAUCCCAAA